GCAGGGAGGGGGGAAGGGCGAGGGAGGGAGGGAGGGAGGUUGCUUCACGAACUGACCUCACUUGACUGGGUCUCCGUGCGCGGCGCCUUUCUCCCAUCAUUCCGCUCUCCGUUUCUCUUCUUUUCUUUCCCCCCUCGCCCCCUCUGGAUUAUUCUGCUGCUGCGGUGAGUCGACUGGUGCUGCCGUUCGUUCGAGGGUUGGAGUGGAGUCCAUGGCGGGCUGGGAGCAGGAAGCGUGGAAAGAGGAGAGAAUGCUCCCCCAGUAGCCGCCGCACCUCCUCUCGAGGUUAGCGUCAGCGGGGAGGAGGCCGGGAGAGGAACAGCAACAGCUUGGGUUCUUUGGGGGGCCUUGUAUGCAGAGAAGUGGAGGUCAGGCCAGGAAGGCAUUACUAGCCGAGUCUGUAAUAGCAGCAAUCUCUGAGCUCAUGUCGAUGGUGGCUACCGCUGAUGUUGACCAAGAAAAAUUCAUGGAUGUAGGUAGUCGCCUUCAGCGCGUGCCCCCGGCCACAAUGGAGCUGCAGAGAGUGCAGAAUUCUCAGACCAAAGCGAUGCACAUGAUCGAAUAUCUGGCUGCCAAUGUCGACCUCGCCAAGGACCUUGUUGCGAGGUGCAGUGCAGUCGCUCAGCAGCUCAUGGAUGCCGACCUCCAGAGCAUAACCGAGGACCUUGACAAUGUCAUAAAGAACAUUGGCAAUGAGCUCAGCAGGAUACCUACUUCAGCAUUUGGGAGCGACAGGUUUGCUAAUACAGCAGUCAGUCCACACCUUGAGGUUACUGGCAAUCGGCAGCAUCCUUAUGAUCAGCGUUCCUGCGAUGGCUAUUCUGAGUCUGAUAUGCCUGUAAUUGUGGCGAACGAUAGGCCAAAGCGAAGAGCACUGCACAACGGCGACAUGCCAAGGUUGGUGGAUUUUCUACAAGGAAUGUACCAUGAGUCUCACGAGUUCGGUGGGCAGUCAUUUAGUUCGCUCCCUGAAGUGGCAGAAUAUGUGGAGCCUCUGUAUGAUUCUUUCUUCUGUUCACUGACAAAUAAGGUCAUGGUUGAUCCAGUGACAACUGAGAGUGGUGUGACAUAUGAUAGGAGAACCAUUGAGGAGUACUUUGAGAAGUUCACAGAUGAUUCUGAACCUGUGAUCUGCCCGGUUACAAAUAUGGCAAUGCAAAGCAAGACACUGAGGAGUAAUGCUGCACUGAAGAGCACAAUUGCAGAAUGGAUUAUGAGGAAUGAAGCAACACGGAUCAGGAUCGCACGUACUGCGCUCUCACUGGCAACUACGGAAGCUAUGGUGCUCGAGGCCAUAGACGAGCUGAAGCUGCUGGCAAGGGCGAGGAGAAAGAACAGGGAGCAGAUGCACAAGAUUGGCAUCACCAAGUUCCUUGCGCGGUUGUUGGAGCACAAGGAUGCACUUAUACGCUGUGACUCACUGGAGCUGCUCUGCCUAUUGGUCGAGGAUGACGCAGGAAAGGAAAUCAUAGGAAAAACCAGAGCCGUUUCAAGGACAAUAAAGCUGCUUUCAAGUAGUAGUCCUGAUGAAAGACAUGCAGCUAUCUCUUUCUUGGCAGAGCUUUCAAAAUCAGAGUUACUGUUAGAAAACAUCGGAUCAACUGCUGGAAGCAUACUAAUUCUCACCACGAUGAAGUUCAAUGACUCAGAUGAUCCAAUUGCUGCAGAGAAGGCCGGAGAGGUCCUCAAGAACCUGGAGAAAUGCCCAAAGAAUAUCAAGUACAUGGCUGAAAGUGGGUACUUAGACCCUCUCCAAAGGCAUCUUGUUGAAGGGUCAGAAGAUGUGCAGAUGGAGAUGGUGGGCUACCUCGGCGAGCUAGUCCAGAAGCAGGAGAUGACCAUUAACAUCACUGGGAGUGCAUUGGAGAUCCUUAUCAAGAUGGUGCACAACGGCAAUGCCAGUAUCUGCAAGGCAGCGCUUGAUGUCCUGGUCCAAAUCUCCUCUCACCACCCGAACAGCAAGACACUCGUGGAUGCUGGCGCUGUUCCAGUCAUGGUUGAGGCACUCUUCAUCCGGAAGAUUGAUGAUGAGCCCAUGGGAUCCAAGAGUGAGGCUGCAGCAGUGCUCGCCAACAUUGUCGAAUCUGGCAUGGACCCCGAGGGCAUUGCUGUCAACAAGGAAGGUCAUGUUAUCACGUCAAAGUACUCGGUAUACAACUUUGCACACAUGCUCAAGCUCUCCAUGCCUGACGACCUCAACCUCAACAUUGUGCGUGUGCUGCUCGCACUCACCACGCUCCCCAGGCCGCUCUCCACAGUGGUCUCCGUCAUGAAGGAGCAAGACAGCAGCCAGACUGUGAUCGAGUUCAUAGGUUCACCUAGCGAGGCGCUUGGCAUUGUUGCCACGAAGCUGCUCACUGCGUUAUCUCCGCAGAUGGGGCACACCAUUGCCGAGAAGCUCUGCGUGGCACCUGGGCAGCUAGGCAAGCUGAUCAAGAGCAUCAGCCAAUCGGGGCGGAUCACAGAACUACAAGCCGUGUCAGCAACACUCCUGUCAAAGCUGCCCUAUCAGCAUCUCACGCUGAACCUCGUGCUGCUGCACCGGAGCGCUGUGUCUACCAUGCUGACCAAGAUAGAGGAGAUGCAGCGUGGUGAGAUGCGGGCAAGCCGACAUGCAAAGACAUACUUGGAGGGCCUUGUGGGCUCGCUCGUCCGGCUGACGACGACGCUGUAUGAUCCAGACGUCCGCUUGGCGGCCAUGGACCACAACUUCACCUCGGUGCUCACCGAUCUCCUCGUGUGCUCGUCAGGGAGCGAUGAGGUGCAGCGGCUUGCUGCUGUCGGCCUCGAGAAUCUCAGCCACCAGUCGGUGAACCUCACGCAGGUGCUGUCUGCAGAAGAGCGCCCAAAGAAGAAGACCAUUCUAAGGCGCUUGCGUACCGGUCGGGUGCAUGACAACCGGAAACCACCUGCGCAUGCCCGGCGCUGCCCUGUGCACCGUGGCGUGUGCUCGCCGACAACCACAUUUUGCCUGGUGGAGGCUGGUGCGGUCGAGUGCCUCCUGGGCGUCCUUGAGAGCAACGAGAACGGGCGUGUGGUUGAGGCUGUGCUUAGCGCGGUCUGCACGCUCCUGGAGGACGCUGUGGACGUGGUGAGCGGCGUGGCUGUGCUCUCCGAGCACGAUGCGGCAAGGCACGUGCUGCGGGCGCUGCGGCAGUACCGGGACGAUGAGCGUGGCAGCGCGGUGCUGCAGCGGUGCUUCUGGGCCCUGGAGAGGUUCCUCGAGCAUGGCGGCGACCGGUGCGUGAAGGAGGUGACCUCUGACCGCGUGCUGCCAAGCGCGCUGGUGAGUGCCUUCCACAAGGGCGACGCCGCCACCAAGCAGCUCGCCGAAAGCGUGCUCCGGAGCCUGAACCGCAUGCCGGACUACUCCGCCACCUAUGUCUCUGUUGAGUUGUAGCCAACAUCGGUCUUGCCUUCUUGGCUUUAUAUCAUGUAUGGGCUGGAGCAUUGUUUGGUGUAACUAAAUCACAGAGUAUAAAAAGAAAGAGGGGAAGAAGAUCUGCAGAUGCAAUGUAGUAUGUAACUAAAGGGUUAUAGCAGGGUAUGAUAUGUAGUCUUUCAUUCUUGAUUGUCUCUUUAGGGUGUAAUUCAGGUAGGGUCUGUUAAUAUCUUUAACAGAAAAGAAAAGUUUGUAUUGGUAGGCUGGUGAAAGGAAGAUGUGCACUGCAAAUUUUUAUGUAUAAUGUAUCCUUGUUUAAUCUUGAUUGUAACUUCAGUAGUCAAAUGCAGGGACUCACUUGGAGAUGCAACUUCA